GCCGAGUUACUGUUGAUUUGAUAGAUGAGUCUUCAUUUUUGAAUGCUACAUUGUUCGGAAAUCAAGAAAUUUCUUGGUUGCACUACAUAUGAGUUGAUGAAUAAAUCUGAUGGGGAUUCUGUUAAAGAUAUUGAAAAAAUUGCCACAUUAUCCAGUAGUCAUAAGCUUCUAUUUCAAGUUAAAGCAUCUAAACAUGAAUAUCGUGAUAUUACAAGAUGGAAAUACACAAUCCUUUCUGUUUGUGAUACUAUUUCAAAAGAAAUCAACACAUUAACACAAACAGAUACUUCAAAUGAUGCUGAAGUUAGUCAAGUUUUAGAAAUUGUUGAAGAGCAAAGUGGAAAAUCAUUAGGCAUAACUGAAUUGAGAGAUAUAUCUGGAAGUGUUGACAAUGCUAAGAUAGAGCAAAUUAGCAAUGAAGAUAAAGUCCUAGCUGAUUUGGUUUCAAAGCCUACUGCAAGAAACAAUGCAACAAAGAAACUAAAGCUGAUGAUUUCCAAAAGUGCAGGUGAGGCAGAUCCAAUAGCGCUGAAUGUUGAAAGUUCUCAUUUAGAAUUUGGUGAAGAGGGUAGGAAGCAAUUUGCCAAGCUUAAAGACAAUGUUUAAUUUGUUAUCAUGGGAACCAUCUUUUUGUUAAUGUGGACAUGAUAGAUUACUAUCAGUUCAUAAGUAGAUUAUUAUCAGUCUUUUGUGAACUUAUAGCAUAUUUAGACUAUAUUAUGAUAGUAACACUAAUAUUAUUAUUUUGUACAUUGCAAGAUGUAAUAGAAAAUUGAUUUACGUAUAACCUAAUACAUUUCUAUUAAAUCUUGCAAUUUAUCUUAGGAAGAUAGCAAUGAUGCUAAGAUAGUUUCAUCUAUGACACAAGUAUUUUGUGACAACUUUUUGUUUAACGAAAAUAAAAUAGUCAUUAUGAGUU